AUGGCCGAUCAGUCGUUCUGGAGUUUCCUCAAGGACACCUCACUGAUCAUCUCCGACCUCUUCACAGACACAACGUUCCCGGCAGACCUUCCUGUCCCUCAGGAUGACGGUGCAUAUGACCAUCUAAGCAGCUUCGCAAUCCCAUCCACCAUCAGCCUUCCCGUCGCACGCGACCCCACGCAGCGGGUCACUCUCGCCGAGUUGCAGGGCUUGACGGUCGUGUUCUGCUAUCCGCGGACAGGCGCACCCAAUGAGAUCGUUCCCGACUCGUGGAACUCCAUCCCAGGCGCAAGAGGCUGCACGCCACAAGCCUGCUCCUUCCGGGACAAUCUGCCAGAACUGCGCUCGCUCGGAGUCUCCCACAUCUAUGGCAUCUCCACCCAAUCACCCGCGUAUCAAGCGGAGGUGCACGAACGGCUGCACCUUCCCUAUGAUCUUCUGAGUGACGAGGAGUUGGAAUUCCAGAGAGGGUUGAAUCUACCCACAUUCGACUGGGAAGGACAGAAGGUCCUCAGACGUUCAAUGAUUGCCAUGCAGGACGGUAAGGUGGUGAAAUGGUGGUAUCCCGUGUUUCCCCCGGAUCGAGGUGUGGAUGACUUGAUCGAGUGGUUGAAGGGUCGAUAG